CAGUUUGUUUUGCAUACCAACGAGGGAAAUGGCUGACGAAGCUCUUGCCAAAGCUUAUGGUCUGCAUUUUGACGAAUUGAAUAAAAUUCGUGUGCUAGAACCAGAUGUUGCCCAGCAAACCAACGAGUUAAAAGAAGAAUGCAAAGAUUUUGUUGACAAAAUUGAAGAAUUUCAGAAGAUUGUGGGUACUUUUAUUGAAGUUGUGGAUACAGUUGCUACCAAGGUGGAAAAAGAAAAGUUAAAGGCAAUAGGAGCAAGGAAUCUGCUGAAGUCUAUAGCGAAACAGAGAGAGGCUCAACAACAACAACUAGUAGCUUUAAUAACAGAGAAAAAAAUGCAGCUGGAAAGAUUAAAUAUCCAGUAUGAUUCUUUGCAAAAAGAAGAACAAGAACAAACAGAAUUUAUUGAACAGCUUGUGUUACAGAAAUAACUGCAUAUUUCUAUAAUUUAUUUAUUGUACAUAGCUCAUUAUUACAUUUUGGUGUUCACUACAAAUCAUGGCACAAUGUAUAGAAACUAUAUUUUGGUAACUUUAUUUUCCUUCCUGCAGUCAUCUAAUAUACACAUGUACAUAAUAUAUAUUUUAAAGUCAAGGUUCGGUAGAACCCUUAUGCCAUACACAAACAAUUAAGUUUGCAGACAUGUCACAUGUCACCAUAUACACAAUGUAUAUUUAGUAUUAUGUUUGCUCAUGGUGAGUGAAUCACUGAUCAUUUAACACUGAAAAUAACCAACCUAAGGCCAUGCAAAUAGCAAUUACUGAACAGAUUUAUACUGGGUGCAAAAUUAUAUUUACUUGUCAAAUGGCUAGUAAAUGAACAAAAAAACACUUGCCAACUUGGGAUUGUCACUCUCUAGGCAACUAAAUAAGUGGAUAGGACAAUACGUGAAUGAACAAAUUUUAGAUACCUACCAUUCUGUGUGUUUUCGUGACAAGAAGUAUACCUGACUUGUUGACCUUAAAUGUAGGACAGAAUGUUUACUUCUUGUCAUGACUUGAUUUUUGAACUUUUCUGAUUACUUUUAUAGAUCUAUUCAUUUUAUUAAAAUCAAAGUACAUUUGUUUGUUUACAUUUCACUGUAUGUCACUUAUUAUUUGAUGGGCAAAAUAUUUUCUAACAUUUGUUAUCUGGUAAUUUUUAUUUUCUAUUAUUAUUUGUUUACAUUUAAGUUGAAAGGUUUGUGGCUAGAAAUCUUUUCCAGCUUGUCUUCUUCUUUUUUUUGCCCAUCUAGUAAUGUAUUAUGUUAAUAUAGAUAUGCAAAUGUUAUACAAAUGAUUGUUCUGAUGGUGCAUGAUUUAUGUAAUUUUGUUUGACAUAAGACCUAAAAAAAAUUGUUUAUGGGAGCAUGUUAAAAAAUUAGGUAGUGUAGGUCAGAUUUCACCACUAGCUCAAGAUAAAAUGUUAUGUACCAGUCUUCGCCACUGAAGGCAGGUGAUCACUCACACUCCCCUCCACACUCACCUGGAAAUUUUAGGAAAGUGACAGAUUGAUUGCCUUGCAAUAAAAAUUUUAAUAAAUUUUAUUUGAAACUUUAUGUGAUUGCUGGCCUGGCACCAUUUCAGGAGAGUGAUCUUCAACUUGACUUGAUUUUGCUUAUGGUGAUAACUGAUAUGUAGGCUACUCUUUUCAUCUACAUUUAAAACAUAAAACAUUUUCUUAAAACAAAUAAUUGCCGGCCCAGUUUUUUAGGUAGGGUCAGGUUUCCAAAAACACAGGAUUUUUUUAAAGGUCAGAUCAAUAUUUAUCUCCGAAACCAAGCCAGCUCUAUACCUGUUCAAAUCAAAAUAGUUAUUUCAUUAUUCUGUGUAAUGUAAGGCAUUUUUAUUGGCAUUGACAAUACACAAAGGAAAUAAAUGUCACCUACAUUGUCAUUUGUGUACAAAAUUGUUAUUUAAAUAUUUGAUGUAUAUAAAAGUCUCUAAAAUCA